UUGGUCGGACAAAAACAGGCAGAGUAUAAAAGGAGGGGGGAGCAGCUGAAGGGCACACUUGUUUUUGUACAAGGUUGCUGCUGCAAGUCAACGCUGCGGAGAGACAAACUUUCGACUAACAGAUAAGGGAGGCGAGGAGGUGCAGGAGGCAUGUGGGCCAGCCUAAGCCUGCUCCUCGCUCUCUGCCUGCUCCAGCGGGGCGCGGCGGAGAGCGAGGACGGCGUCGGCCCCCGCUGUCAGCCCCCACCCGACUGGAGGAUCGGUGGGGUGGAACCCAUGAGGGCGUCAAUGGGGCGUGUGACAGUGGUGGCCCUUUUGCAGGCCAGCUGACUGUUCUGUUUGGUGCAGGCAUGCAGAAUGGAUAGCCUGCGCCUGCAGAUGGAGAGUCAGGGUUUGAAAGAUGUGACCUACAUGGUGGUCAACCAUCAGGGAGCGCAGGCACAACAGCUGCACCCCAUGCUGGAGCAGAGGUUGUCCGCCAACAUCGCGCUCUACAAACAAGAAGAGAACCAGCCCGACGUGUGGCAGCUGCUGAACGGAGCCAAGGAUGAUUUUUUCAUCUAUGACAGAUGCGGACGCCUUACUCACCAAAUUUCCCUCCCGUAUUCCAUCAUUGGCCAAGGCCACAUCGAGGGUGCCAUCAAGGACACCUACUGCAAGCGAUUAUGUGGCACUUGCACAUAUGAGAGUGCUGAAAUCCCAUCAGAGUGUCAAGUAACUACAGAAGAACAACGUCCUGAUGCUGCCCCGGCAGUUGACGCAGAAACUGGACACCACAGUCAACACCAUCAUGGGCAUCACCACCAUCAUCAUCAUCAUCAUCAUCAUCAUCAGCAGCAGCAUGGUCAGAAUGGGCACCACAGCCAUCACCAUGGAAACUGCCAGAUGCAAAGCCAAAGUCAAAACGGUGUAGGGCCACAAGCUAGUCAGGGGCAGUCACACGUGGCUCCCCAGGAGGCGCAGGGGAUGCCGGUGAUGCAGCGACCGUGAGCGCCCGAGACGUCAAGGUGAAAAUCCAAACACGCUUGACGUUGGGCCGUCGCAUCCAACAGUGAAGCCGCUACUGCGGCCAGCUGAUGCUGACACUGACGGAGGCUGUUGGGCGAGACGGGCGAGCCUAGCUUGUGACGCUGUCAGGAGGCGCUACCCGCCACAUGACGGUGACACGGGCAGAGCGAGGCCGAUCACGUCAGCGAGAACUGACAGUGACGCUCGCGCCCGGCCGACUGACAGCUGCCUCGGCCGGACCGGUGAGCCUGACCUCCGGGGGUCGUGAGCUGAGAAUGAGGCCAUAUGUAAAGCUGGCCGUGAUGUCAUUCUCGAGUAGGAACACCAGCUCACCUCACCCGUCGUCCACAUAGGCCACCAUGUUUCCAAAUGACCCUUUCCCUCUUUUGGACCCUUCCAUCUUUUAUGAAACCAGGUGCAUAAACUAUGCUCUAGUGGCGUCUGGCUGAAGUCAGGAUGGGAGGGAUGGGAGACGAGUUCUUCGGAAACAUGGUGGACUCAGUUUUUCAGAACAGGUUUUCCCAACCUAUUUUGAGCCAAAGCACAUAUUUUGUUAGGAAAGUCUUACGACCUACCACCAAAUAAAAAUGUAAAAAUAUACAGAUAUGUGGAUCCUCCGCCUAGUCGCAGCUUGCGAAUUAAACUAUUUGUGAUUUUUUAAGGGACAGGGGACCUAUGCUGCAUUAUUCAUUGAAAAAUUCUCAUAUUCGCCGUUUUUUUGAGCAGUAGUACUACUACACUACUCUUAAAGGGGAAGUCACCUCAAAGAUAUUCUUUACAAUAUGUUCUAUGCACUCCACGAGUCUAAACAUGGUAUUGCGAUUAAAAGUACAUUGUGGAAGAUGUAUUAAGUAGCAAAAUUC